AUGUCUCAAAACGUCAAGGUUGAAGAAAAGUCCGAUAGAACGACCAACCAAGUAGCUGCAGCAGAGAAUACCAAUGACAAAACAGCGAACGAACAAGCACCUAGAGCUCGUGCGCCUGCCCGUCAAUGUGCAGCUCUCAUCUGGAUGAAAAUCAAACACAAAAGGCUGAAUGAUAAAUUGGUCGAUAAGAGAAAGAUGAUUGCCUCUUUAGAGAAGGAAAAUUCAAAACUCCAAGAGGAAUUGAGGCGCACCAAGAAUAUGAAUGAUUCUCUUCUCCCUUUGGCUGCUGAGAAUCUUUCACUUAAAGCAGAUCUCCAUCUCUGCAAAGUCGAUCUUGAGGGUAUUAAUAAUGAGAAAAAUCACCUUCAUAAACUUUUGACCGAGGCUGCUGGAGAUAUCAAAGGCGAAGAUGAAGAAAGCUUAGAUGAUUCCGACUGGGAGGGUGAUUGUGAUAUGUACCAGUAG